CAGUGCCUGAGGGGAACUUACAGAAAAGAUGGAGCAAGACUAUUUACAAGGGCAUGUAGUGACAGGACAAAGGGGAAUGGAUUCAAACCGACAGACAGUAGAUUUAGAUUGGAUAUUACGAAGAAAGUCUUUAUUGUGAGGGUGAUGAGGGAUUGGAACAGAUUGCCCAGAGAAGCUGUGGCUGCCCCAUCCCUGGAAGUGUUCAAGGCCAGGCUGGAUGUGGCUCUGAUCAGCCCGGGAUAGUGGAAGAUGUCCUUGCCCAUGGUGGGGAGGGGGCGGUGUGUGUGGAACAAAAUUAUCUUUAAGGUCCCUUCCCACCCAAACCAUGCUGUGUUUCUAUUAUUUGAAUCUGAGCAUAAAAGGUACAAGGCUCAGGGUUCUCAAUUUUUGGUGUGUAUGCUUUGUAUUUCUAAAAGGAAGCUUUAUUUUAAUCCACAUGGUCAGCCACGGGACCAUGGUGUGGAAGAGAUUUUGAGGGAAAGAUUUCUUUUUGAUAUAUUAAGAAUGAAUAAUUGGUCAAAACUUUAAAGUCUUGGCAGUUCGUCAGGUAUGAAGUGGCAUUGCUUUUAUUUCACUUAAUGAAGUAUUCAUGCAUGCUGAUUGGACUAAAUAGUAUUGGAAUAAAAUAUGUUUUUCCAGAUUUGAAGGUUAAAGUCAGUGACAUGACUAUUGUUACCAAGUUCUGCACUGAGCUCUUGAGUUUUGCGUGUAAUUUGUCUGUUCUGCUCUAAUGAACUUUUGCCCUAAGCAAGGCAAAUAACUGAAAUUCCAGAUAGCAGAUCAGCAGGGAGGUGGUAGUUCCACACAGCCUGUACUGCUGGAAGUGUAAGAAACCAUGGGAAUUAACAGCUCUUUACUAUCAGCCGCCCAGAAACAAUUCCAUAGUAUUUUAACAGUGCACUGUUUCAGCACCUGUGAGCAUUGAUGCUCAUAAUAAGUGCACAGGAUGAAGAGGAGAGCUGUAUGAGGGUUAGAAUAAGUUAAUUUUUUGGUGAUUUGUACUCUGGCUUGCUGUGAGGAUGGGGUAGUAAUCUGUGGUCUGUUCACAGAUGCUGCCYGCUGCCCAUGGCUUUCAAGGAUGUGAAUACCAGGAGACACAUUGGACUCCAGCAGCUCUCAUCCUUAGCAUCUCCUGGGAGAACAUUCUUGGGGCCAAUGAAAUCACAUAAAUUCAUUGUGGAUGAAAGCACCAACCAGAGCACAUUGAUUUGUUCUGCUGUUAGACUGAUUGAAAGUUUGGAUUUGACAAGUGCUGCUGGACAGCUUCUUAAUGAAACCAUUCAGGCUCAGAACAAGGAAUUUAAGACUGGGRUGAGUACCCUGUUGUUCCUCGUUGGAGCGUGGAGCAAUGCUGUGAUGGAGUGCCUCCAGCAGAACGUUCCUGUUCCGGCAAUAGUGUCUGUGAUGUCUGAGGGGUUGAACUCUUGCUGUGAGAGAGUCCAGUGUCUUCAAAUACCAAUACAUGAUGUAAAGAAAGAGCUGUGUUCUAGCAGAGUUAGGCCAAAUGCUUUUGAAAGCAAAGCUUGCCAAGUUGGAUGUGACCAUCUCAGGAAUCCUCAGAAUUUGCUGUGUUUUCAGAGAGAGAUUUCUUCAGCAGAAGAAGUAAUUCCAAUAAAUUCUCGUUCCCAUCAAGGAGAUGAUUGUCAUUUUAACAAGUGCCUGGUUUCACCCUUGGCUGGCUUUGGUUCAGUGGCUUCUCUUGUCAAAGCAGCGGGUGACAAAAGUUCAUCUGUGCUGUCUGGAAGUGGUGUUACUGCAUCCAGCUGUAUCACGAAAAAGUUAACCCACAGCAGAUACUUCAGCCCUCUGGGGAAAAGCCAUUUUUCAAGUCAACAAGAUAACUUUCAGGGAUACCUUUCAGAUCCAUGUGGAUGUUGUGGUUUAGGACACCUGGCARUGGCUCUGAGCCAUGGAAAUCAGACCAGCAUGAAACUGCUACAAAGCAUUGCUGCUUAUCAGCAAGAGAGAGCAGAAUGCAGUGGCUCUUCCCAGCUUAACAUCGCAGAGAUUGUGACGUGCUGCUUGCUGGGCCUGCCUGAGAGCUAUUCCUGUGUCUCCCCAGGCUUUGUCACRUUAGUGUCACCAGAGCAAGCCACAGUCAUCAAACACUUUGCAGACAAAUCCCUUCGGAUUCUGCUGAUGGAUGGYGACCUCACGGAGCAGUAUCGCCACUUAGGUUUUAAUAGACCCCGUAAUGUAAGGACCAUAUUGGAGCAUCCCAAUCCACAGGAAAGCAGAGCAGGAGACACGUGGCUGAGCAGAAUGUUGGAUCUUCUGAUGAGCUUUGAAGUAAACGUGGUUUUGGUCAAAGGAAACGUGUGUGAAAACUUMAUGGAAGGAUGCAUUGCCAGCAGGAUACUGGUAAUUGGUUGUGUGGCUCGGGAUGUUCUACAUGCCUUUGGGCAGGUCACGGGUGCCCAGGCAGUGACAUACCUGAGCCAACUGAACGCUUCCUGUGUGGGGAACGGGGCCUGGGCAGAGCUGUGGAAGGCCAGCGAUGGGCGCGCGAUGGAUCUGGGAGAGCUGGUGCCGGUGCGGCUCGGCGCGGGAGGCAUCCCCCUGCUCACGGCCGUGCUCACCACUGCCCUGCCUUCCAGGGUGCAGCUCCUCGAAGACCAGUUCUGGACUUUGYUGUAUCGACUCCACCACGCUCUAAAGGAUGGGAAAGUUUUCCCUGGGGGCGGUGCAGUGGAGCUCUUGUGCCUCASUCAYAUCCGAGUGCUUGCAGAGCAGCCCSAGAGACUGGGAAACGACAAAGCUGUGAGAGAGCUUCCCAGUCCCUGGCUGGCAGAGUAUAAAUCCAUYGUGCUCCAAGCACUGGCAAGUGGCUGGAAGCGGUACCUCUCCGUGGUGCUGUGUAACACUGCAAAGGCUGGGUCAGAGUUGGAAGCAGGUGCCUCAGUGGAUCAUCACCUCCAGAAAGCAGCAGCCUGUGCCUCUCCCUCAGCUUAUGUUUUGGAAGAGUUUAGGAGAGGUGGAGUGCUGGGGGAUGGCUCUGAUCCCUUUCCUGAUCAUGGCAAGACUUUAAAGGUUUUUGAUAAUGUUGCAGCCAAGACAGAGGCAUGGAGGAGAGCUCUGGACCUGGUGCUGCUGGUGCUUCAAACAGACACUGAAAUUAUCACAGGCCCCCAAAGGAAUCAACUCUUGAACUCACAUGUGUCAAGUGAAUUUAUGUUUUUAUAGGACUKUCAGGAUUUUUAAGUCCACGGGUCAGUGGGGGAAGUCCAGGUGCAACCUACAUGUUUUUAUAAAGCAAACACUGAGRUGUGAUUGUGACUUUAGAAUGUAACAUUGGAAGUCAGAAUGAGAGACAGCCACAAGGUAAUUUCUGAUUUCUAUAAAUGGGAACUAAAUAACAAAAAUAAUUUGUGGGCUUAUCUCUAACCCCAGCCCUCCCUUUCUAGCUAAUGGCAUUGUCUGUAUGGAUGUCUCUUAAUGUCGUUUAAAGAAAGGUAGAGAUUUYUUACAUAACAUUGCAGUACUUGUGUUAAAUGAAAGAAUGUAGUGUAAUUAUUUCUUAAUUAAUAUCCUGUUCCUAAUUUCUGUACACUGUAAACCUAAGAGUUAAACUUGAAAUAAUGUGAGUGUUACAUUUUAUACUGAGAGAUUGUAUGAAUAGAUUCUAUUUUUGUAUAUUUUUAUGGUCCAUAUAUAUCCUAUUUCCAAUAUAUACCCUCUAGAAUUUCUCUGGUUUUGACCAAUUCAGGCUGAAUCCUUCCUUUUGGUACUAUAGACUGGAUGCAUUUCUACACACAAUUUUUUUUUACAUCAUCAGCUGGAUUUUUAGAUUAUUUCCUUGGGGUCUUUCAGCUAUCCUUGCAGAGAGGAAAAUGUUCCAAGUUUUAGAUGUCGGCUAACAACGAAACGAAUCCAUCACGAUGGUUGAGGCAAGGCAUUUUUGCUGUGUUACAGAACUGACAGUUUGAAAGCUGGGCACUGGAGAACUGGCACUUCAUUGCAAGAAAGAGGUGUGUAGCUAUGGAGAUACUUUUUUUCUGAACUUGGCAUUCUGAGUCACACUGAAAGUGAAAUGUCUCACCAGUCUGGUGAAAAUAGAAUGGAAAAUGAAUGGAAAUGGUGAUGCUAAAGUGGAUCCUUGCAUUCAAGAACUUUCUCAUUAAAAUGCUCAUGGCUGGCAGCACACAUAAUGAAAUUCAUCCACAAAUAAGGUCUAGAUACUUAUAGGGGUAUCUGUGUCUGUGUGUAUUGAAGUCGUGUUACAUCUCUGACCUGAAACUAAAUAUUUGGUUUUCUGUCAGAUCCCAGAAUWUAGUGGAUUUUGACAAAAUCUCAUCAGUACUGUAGGGGUUAUUAAUUUUAAUUUGGAACAAUAGUUCCUAGCAGCAUAAGGAUAAGGAUAUUAAAGUUUUGAUCAUGCUGCAAUUAUGUUUUUAUUGUCAAUMAGUUGGCAAAUUGGUGUUCAGCUUCUUGGCCACGCUCCUGGUGUACCAAGAUGUGAGAGAGAAGAGUCUGGUAGAUCAAAAGAGGCAAAAGGAGCUGGCAGCGGUUAAGUGAGAA